CUUUCGAUAGAGCUGGCCGGCGGAGCUUACUUACCUGAGCUGUGGAGUGUGGAGGUGAUCACCAAAAGGUUUUUCUUCCAUUAAAAGGGUUUUGAGGCGAUGAGUCGUCAUUUGAGAUUCGUUGGGAGGACCGUCUUUGUGAAAGGAGGGGAUGUCGAUGGAGCAUAUAGAACCUUGAACAACUCCCUAAACAGAGAUGGUUUGAUAGAAAGCGUGAGAAGAAAGCGCUACUUUGAGAAGCCCUUCCAGGAGCGUCGAAGGAAGGAGUACGAGAACAUGAAGAAAAUCUAUAACCAAGAGAUGGGACGGAGGAUCCAGUUUAUCAUGAGGAAGAACAGAACAGAUCCAUGGCCUGUGUAAACCACCCCUGGUUGUACCUAUGAACUGGUUUUCACAAGAACAGAGUGCUGAACAGGGAUUGCUUGAUGUGUAAAUGACCCUAUGCUUAAACUUAUGGAGAGGUUUUCACAAGAAGGAAUGUAGAGAAAGCUGUGUGGAAUUCUCCAUUUUGAUGAUUGCCAUGGACCUGUUUACUAUCCAAUAGAGCUGAUUGAUAGAGAUGUCUUGUUGAAACCGUCCUUAGUUCAUUCUGUAUAAGAUAUUUUUCCAGGGGUCCAUUGUAGGAAGAGUCACGUUUAAAGUUGAAAUCAAACUUAAAAUCGAGCGCAAGUCCCUAAAACAUGCAUUUCAUUGGCUUAAAGUCAAAUUGCGUUUGAUUUUUGGACUUGUGUUUGAUCGCAUCUUUUUCUUUUUUUUCUUUUUUUUUUUGCAGGAUUUUCUGCAUUUAUUGGAAUAUAUACAAAACAAAUUUACAAUGCUUGAGACAUAAUCAUAAUAUAGCAUAAAGUACAUAACCAAGUGACAAUCUUAUAUGUAGUGACUGGAGAAAGACAUAAAUACAAUAUAUAAAAAACAUAUAUAAUAAGUGAAAUGCAGAGGCAAACUAUAUAAGCAAAUAUAUGCUUGAAGCAUAGCAGCCAAAAAAGGGAACGGCUACAUGGAAACCUAAGAAAUUAAUUGUCUGUUAGAAAAAAAAAAUUAAUGUCACGAAUCAUCAAAUAACGGGGAAAAAAGUAGAAAUUUAAAAAUGAAGUGUGUGCUAGUGAGUGCUAGUGGGUGCAAGUGCAUGUGAGGGAUUUAUGAAUAUCUGGAUAAAAGGUAUUUUUUUUAAUGAAGCUUUAAAAGAAAAGACAGAUGCAGUGAGUUUAAUAUGAUUGGGUAUGUUGUUCCAUAUAUCUGGGCCGUGGUGUCUAAUUGUUUUCUGCAACGGGGCCCCAGGAGUAUCGAAAGAAAUACUGUAUAUGAUGAAUAUUUUGUGGUUGUUUUUUUUGUUGUGAAGUUUGCAAUGUACUGAACACCAAAAUAUUUUCACCUCCUGAUACUUCUCGACAAAGUGAAUGCAAAUACCGUAAAUUCCUUUAAAAAUAUACCCCUGCAAAUUCUGUCUUGGAGGAAAAUCACAAAAAUAUAUGUAUAGGCCUAUAGGCCCUACAAAAUGCAUGUAUGUAUGGCGCAUACAUUAGUUAUCAUGUUUAAGGCAGCCUGCCCGAACUCAGAGCCUCAUCAUUUAUUUAUGCAGGAAUCUUGCAAGUGUCUUUUCCGAACGUUACAAACCGAUUGGAAAUACAGGAAUGUGAAAUACACUUACUGCUUCCAUAGUAGGCUUCCUGUGAACUGAUGCAGCACAGAGUUAUUAUUAAAUGUCUAGCAACCCUCCUUUUUUUCCCCUUCAAUUUUGAUAACACAUAUUCUCUGUGUAAUUCACCCUCUGGCUGUCCUUAUGGAGCAGUUUUCACGAGAAGUGGUGAAGAGGAUUUCAGUGUAAACCACACCAUGGUCAUUCUUACAGACCUGGUUUCACCAAUAGGUUAAGAUUUAGAUUUUUUUGUUUAAUCUGAUGAUUAAUCCUUGAUUUAGGCGACCCAUUUUCACAAAACUGCAAGUCAUGGAAUGAACUCCAUGGGACUGUUUCACAAGGCAUCUUGUCAUUGAUUUUCACUGACUAAUUUGCCCUGAGCCAAUCAGAUGCAAGGAUUUCAGUAGCUUAUAUUAAACGUCAGUGAAAAUCAGUGAAUGUUUGUUUCAUGAAAUGCGUCCCAGGCUGCUAACAAGAGUACCCUGUGAAUAUUACAUCAUGUAACAGAGUGGUGGAUAAAAUGAUAAAAUUUUGAUGUGAUUCUUAAUGAUAUUAAAAAUAUAUAUAGAACUGUAAGCAUAA